AUUUAUAAACCAUCUCCAAAAUUUUUUAGCAGAAUACACAUUCCUUCAUUUGAAAGAUUUGAGCUUUUCCAAGGAUUAUUAUUUGAUAAUGAUUAUAAUAAGUGGCAACGAAAGCGUAAAUUACUAACCCCUUCGUUAUCAUCAUCUAAAUUCCUACGAAAAAUUAUCAGCAGUGUUCAAAAACAAUUCAAAGAAUCUGAGAAUAGAUGGAACCUAACUAUAAAUGAUGAAAAAGAAUUUGAUGUUAGUUUAUGGGCAAAGUGCAUUACAAUGGAUCUUUCGAUUACUCAAGUUACAAAGCUAUCAUCUUAUAAUUUAGCUUUAUUUGACACAAAUAAUGAAAUUAUUAAAUCAGAAGAAGUAAAAAAAAUAUUAAAAUUUUCCGACGCAUUAAAAAAUUUUCUUACCAUGCUUCCAUAUUUCGUUCUCCUUCCUGCAUUUGUAAUGGAUUAUGUUCCAGGUUUUAGAUCAAUCAGAAUAAGCACUGAACGUAGUGUUAAAUUUGUUUAUGGAAUUGUGCUCAAUAUAGUUGAAAAAAGAAGGAAAGAACUUAAUGAAGGUGCUGAGUUUGAAUCGGAUUUGUUAGAUCAUAUGUUGACAGCUCAUACACCGAUGAAUCCUGAAUAUAAAGAAG